AUGAAAACCACGCUAAUUUUAGCAUUUAUUUUGGUCCUAUUAAGCUAUACACAAGGAGAUACCAAAGUUAUACGUAAGAUCAACAUUUCGAAUGAUGACUCUUAUCGUGAAGAAACUUUCUCUUUGAAAAAUGAAAACACAUCCGAAGAAGAAUUAGUGAUAGAGGGUACAAAUACCCAAAAAUUAUAUGCCAAAGAUAGUAAUAAUUUUGUCUAUCGCCUUGAAACGACUUAUGUAGCCGAUAAGGAUGGUUAUAGAGCGAAAUAUAAAUUAAUACGUGUGCCCUUGAUAGAACUUCUUUUAUUGGGUCCUUCAACUUUAAAGUCUUUAGCGGGUUAAGAGUGAAGCAAACAUAAAUUUGAGAAAUAUUUUUCAAUAAUUGUGUCAUAAGGGAAUAUAAAGAGAUUAAAAUAAAUUUAAAA